AUGCGUUCCGCUGGCGAUAUUAAGGCCGAUCAGGACAAGAAGUUAUUUGUCGGUGGAUUACAUCAUUCUACUACCGAGAGUCAGCUUCGUGAAUUUUAUUCUCAAUGGGGUGAAAUCACAGAUGCAGUUGUAAUGAAGGAUCAACGAACGGGGAAAUCCAGAGGUUUCGGCUUCGUUACCUACGCUGACUCUGCAUCAGUUGAUGCAGCUCAAGCUGCUCGACCACACACUAUUGAUGGCAAAACUAUUGAUUCUAAGAGGGCUAUGCCUAGGGAAGAGAAAGGUGUAGAAGUACAUGCAGCCGUUAAGAAAGUUUUUGUUGCUGCAUUGAAAAAGGAUGUCACUAACGAAGAUCUCUCUGAGUAUUUCUCCCAGUUCGGUACCGUAGUUGAUGCUUCCGUAGUGGUUACUAAGGACCGUAAUGAGCAUAGAGGAUUUGCUUUUGUAACUUUUGAUGAUACUGAUGCUGUCGAUAAAGUUAUCCUUUCCAAGCCACAUUAUAUUAAGGAUAAUAAAGUUGAUGUUCGUAAGGCUCUUAGUAAGGAUGAGAUGAAUCGCAUUCGUUCUAGGCCUCCUCGCCCGGAUCCAAGAGCGUCUUGGUAUAAUGGUAAUUCUUGGAGCGGUGGUAAUCGUUAUGAUAAUAGUUAUAGUCAGGGUUAUGACUACCAAGGUUAUGGCAAUGGUUGCGGCGGUGGAAAUGGCUAUGGUAAGCCUUCAAUUUGCUCUUCUAAGUCCUUAGGUUAUUCUCAAGGUUAUGGUUAUAAUGAACCACCAGCCUCUAAUUGGGGCCCUAAUUCAUCAAAUGGCGACAAUGGUUUUCCUCCAUAUCAGCAAUCUUAUGGUGGUGGCCCUAUGAGAAAUGCUCCUCCAUCUUAUCCUCCUAGGUCUGCACCAUAUGGGGGUCAAAAUAAUUGGCAACCACGUGAUUCGAAGGAAGAUCAAGGGAGGAAGUUAUUUGUCGGUGGAGUUAAUCACAAAACUGAUGAGAAAACUCUUAGGGAAUACUUUUCGCAAUUUGGUGAAAUCGUUGAUGUAGUUGUAAUGAAGGAUUCCCAUACCGGCAAGCCGAGGGGUUUCGGUUUUAUUACUUUCAAGGAUAUAUCGUCUGUUGACGCUACUCAAAAUGCUCGUCCUCACACUUUAGAUGGCAAAGAGGUGGAUACUAAGCGAGCUAUGCCACGUGAAGAAAGUUCUCCAGAGGUUCAUGCUGCUGUUAAAAAAAUUUUUGUCGGUGCUCUUAAGAAGGAUAUCACUAAUGAUGACUUAAAUGAAUAUUUCUCCGCCUUUGGUACAAUUGUAGAAGCCUCAGUUGUUACUACUAAGGGUUCUAAUGAACAUCGUGGUUUUGGUUUCGUCACUUUUGAUGAUACUGAUGCUGUCGAUAAGGUCAUUCUUGCUCGUCCGCAUAGUAUUAAAGAACAUAAGAUCGAUGUUCGCAAAGCUCUCAGUAAGGAAGAGAUGAACAGGCUUAGAUCAAGACCUCCACGUCAAGGACAAGGCUACUGGAACCAGGGUAUGAUUUUAAGUUUUGAUUAUAGCCCUCCAGAUUAUCGUCAGCAGGGUUGGAACCAAGGUGGCUAUAACCAGGGUGGGUAUGGAUCUAAUUAUGGUUAUGGUAACGAACAGUAUGGUAAUGGUUAUGGCUACGAUAAUUAUCAGCAAUCUUGGGAUUAUCAAGCUCCUCCGCCUUCAGAUAAUUUUGGAUCAUAUAGUCAUCAGUCUUAUGGUGGUGGACCGAUGCGGGGUGGUGGCGGUGCCAGUGGUCUUACAAAUCAGUGUCCACCUUAUUCUAGACCCGCGCCAUAUGGUGGCCCUAACUCUUGGGGACAGCAGCGUUAA